CGAGGAGGCGCACACAUACUUUUGCACUCACGGUACACACUAUGGUUCACCCCUUUUUACUUUUUUCCCUGUCGCUCUGUGCUUUUAAAGGUUGCAGAGCUGAGGUUGAGUGUCCUCUGGGUCAGUUCCCCUGUGGCAACCUGUCAGUUUGCUUGCCUCAGCCCCAACAUUGCAAUGGCCUACAGGACUGUCCUAAUGGUGCCGAUGAGGAAAACUGUGUGGACAACAGUGGCUGGCCCCAGCUGUUCGAUGCCUUCAUGAAGAAGACCAUCCAGGAGGAAGAGGAAUGCUUGCUGGAUGUGUAUCCUGACCAGUGCCUGUGUGAGGGCCGGGUGGUGAACUGCCACAGCAGAAAUCUCCUGCACAUACCAGCCGUGUCCUCCAAUGUGACUGCCCUCGUGCUGAACAGCAAUCAGAUUACCUCUCUACCCCCAGAUUUGUUCAUCCGCUACAGGCACCUGGAAAAACUGCACAUGCAGAACAACAGUAUUGAGGUCAUCUCCAGAAGAGCGUUCUCUGGCUUGUUCUCACUACGCCAACUGUAUCUGAGUUGGAACCAGAUCUCCACACUCAAGGCCGGCAUAUUCAGUGACCUUCACAAUCUCCAGUGGCUCAUCCUCGAUGAAAAUAAGAUAAGCUCUUUAUGGGAGAGGGCCUUUGAAGGCCUCAAGUCAUUAUAUUACCUUUCCCUAGUAAAUAAUUCCAUGAAACAGCUCCCAAGGACAUCCUUUUGCUUGGAAAUGCCUCGUUUGCAUUGGCUGGAUCUGGAGGGGAACCAGAUAACAUCUCUGAGUGAGUCCAGCUUUGAGGAGUGCACCUCUUUACAAGUGCUUGUUCUACGAAAAAACUGCAUUAGGACUAUUGAGAAGGGAACUUUUUCAGCUAUGUAUCGACUAAUAGAAUUAGACCUGUCGGUCAACCGAAUUGAAGAACUCCCUCCACCAUUAUUUCAGAAUCUGAAGAGUCUUCAGCAGCUGAACAUCUCAAAUAACCCACUGACCAAAAUAUAUGAAGAUCAGUUUGACAGUUUUGUCAAUCUUCAGUCCCUGAGCAUGGAGGAGGUUGAGAUCCCGAACAUCAGCAUCCGCAUGUUUCGCUCUUUCAGCAACUUGUCCCACAUCUACUUCAAGCGCUUUGAGUACUGUGGCUACUCGCCCAACGUGCGAAGCUGCAAGCCCAACACUGAUGGCAUCUCCUCGUUUGAGAACUUACUGGCGAACAUCAUCCUCCGAGUGUUCGUCUGGGUGGUCGCCUUCAUCAUCUGCUUCGGAAACAUAUUUGUCAUCUGCCUCCGGUCAUGCAUAGCCAGCGAGAACCGGCACCACACUAUGGCCAUCAAGUCUCUCUGUUGUGCAGACUGUCUCAUGGGCAUCUAUCUCCUCUUCAUCGGUGCCUUCGACAUCAAGUACUGUGGCGAGUAUAACCGUCACGCCCAGAUCUGGAUGGAGAGCCUGUCCUGUCAGCUGAUUGGCUCGCUGGCCAUGCUGUCCACCGAGGUGUCGGUGCUCAUGCUGACGUACAUGACGCUGGAGAAGUACCUGUGCAUCGUCUUCCCCUUCCAGAACUUCCACGUGGGCCGCAAGCAGACACUCUGCUAUCUGACCACCAUCUGGGUCCUGGGUUUCACCAUCGCCGUCAUCCCGUUCCUGGACCGGCAGACGUUUGGGAAUUACUACGGCCGCAACGGAGUUUGCUUCCCGCUGCACUUCUCAGAUCAGAUGGAGAAGCCUGGAGCAAGGACUUACUCGACAGUAAUAUUCCUUGGUUUAAAUCUGGUGGCCUUUGUCAUAAUCGUGUUCUCCUACUCCAGUAUGUUCUACUCGGUGCAGAAGACGGCCAAGACAGCACAACAGACAGUGUUUGACCGUGAGGUGUCCAUAGCCAAGAGGUUCUUCUUCAUCGUCUUCACAGAUGCCAUGUGCUGGAUUCCUAUAUUUUUGCUCAAGAUCCUCUCAUUGCUAAGAGUGCAGAUUGCAGGAACGAUGAUCCUGUGGGUAGUGAUAUUCAUCCUGCCCAUAAACAGCGCUCUGAACCCAAUCCUCUACACAAUCACCACGAGAGCCUUUCAGGACAGAAUCAAAGUCUGCCUCAGGUACAAGUGCCACCAAACCAACUGAUGGACUCAUUCUCUUCUGUUUGCCAAUGCACAAGCGCACAAGCACACACACACACACACACACACACACACACACAGACGCACAAGCACACACACAUACAUACACAGAGACACACAAGCACGCGCACACACACGCACCAUUUCAUACAGUAUGCCAUGGUGGACAGGUGAUAAGCUAUGUGAGUGAUCGAUCUACAGUAAUUAACCUUGGAUGAUAAACAAACGUGUGCUUCUGUGGAACAAUAACUCAUUGAUUGACACUGGACAGAGAGACAAGGACAAAGAAUUCUCAAACACAUACAUCUUUGCAGUACAUGCACAGAGACCUACCUCAUGCAGACUGGUGGAACAAGUCUACUCAUACACACAAGACAUCUAAACACACAGACACACACACACACACAUAAAAUCACGCAAACAGAUGCACAUUCACAUUUCAUCUACACUGAACAUAUCUUAAUCUAAGCACAUUCUAACACAACAAAUGUACCUGUAUAGACCAUGUGUUGAUGAAUGUAAUGCUUGAAGAAGAGAAAAAAAAUAA